GUUCCUUAUAAUUUACUCUUAUUGCCAUCAUUCACUAACAGUGAAUACUCAUUCUCUACCAUAUAAAGCGCCCCUUGAUGUUAAGUCUCCACGGAACACUCAGACUCAGAACAGCCCACCCCCUUCUUAGACCACCACAAUUUCAACAUUUAAGAACACACCCCACCACUUAAAGAACAAACACUACAGCAUGGAUGAACUCAUCGCACCUGAGGAAUGCACAAGCAUCAUUCAUCUGCCCGCUCUUCUCGAAGAUCUCUCCGCUUUCAAGGAAGAAUGGCUCGCGUCUCCGUUCUCCACUCGGCUCAGCUCGCUCCUGCUUGCCCGCUCAGAAGGGUGGGGCGUCGACCGAGCAGUCCUCAUCGGCCUGGGGAACAUGACUCCUGAUGCUCGCGAGUGCGACGAGGACGAGGACGAAUAUAGGCUGCGGCACAAGGGGCGGCUUAUUCAACUGAUGAUCUUCAUUGAGAUUGUUAACAUCCUCUCUACCGCACAGAGUGCCCGCCCUAUAGAGAUGUACGCCUCCGAUCCUACUUUCCAGCACAUAGACGAGGCAUUGCUAGGAAAGUUGAACAUCAAAAUAUUCAAGAAGGGAGAAGAGCUCGUCACGUCAUCGACGUUUGUUUAUAGCCCCUUUGCACCCUGGCCGGCUGGUGUCGACGCUAUCCGUCAUUCUCCAGAGUUGUAUCUCGGUGUUAGCUGGAAGGGGACCACGGAGCUCUACAGUUUACAGUCGAGUUAUGGAUUUGAGAUGACCGACGAGCAGUUUGCUAUCAUGGAGAACUUCUUGCAGACUCGCUUGAUGUACAGCUUCCCAGGACUGGAGAGCUUUCCGGACUCGCAGUUCGAAAAAUGCGAUCCUGAGCUGGUGGAGUUGGCUUUGGAGGGUUUUUGGGGAGCUUUCCGAUUCUAUUGGCCCAAGCCAGUGCUCCCCGCACGACGGAAGACUAGACGUUGAGAUCGGGAACAAUAGAGUGACGUAGAAUGAAUGGAACGCACCCCAUACUAUAACCUUUCUAUUUCUGAAUCUAUGAAGCAACUUGUGAUGACUGACAUCAUAACCCAA